AAAGGAAGUUUUGUUUCCUUGAAUGGAAAAUUAUCUCCGUCAACAAGAAAAAAGUUUCUGGCUUUUUCGUUCUUGUUCAAAGGGACUUUGCAAGUUUUUGAUUACUAUCCUUCAUCCCUUGUGGAAAUUUUUGAGUAGAAGGAGAUGGGUUGUUUCUCGUGUUUCAAUUCGAGUGAAGAUGAGAAGCUGAACCCAGUUGAGGAAUCAUCCAAGCCUCAGAAACAAUCACAACCGACAGUAUCCAAUAACAUUUCUAGACUUCCUUCAGGUGGGGAGAAGAAGCUUAGCUCAAAGAGCAAUGUAAGGUCAAAAAGAGAGCUACUUCUUCCGAGAGAUGAGCUUGAGCAAAUUGCUGCUCAUACAUUUGCUUUCCGUGACCUCGUUGCUGCAACUAUGGACUUUCAUCCCGACACUUUCUUAGGCGAAGGUGGUUUCGGAUGUGUCUACAAAGGAAGGCUUGAAACCACCGGUCAGGUUGUUGCUGUUAAGCAAUUGGAUAGGAAUGGUUUACAAGGUAACAGAGAGUUUCUGGUAGAAGUUCUUAUGCUCAGCCUUCUUCAUCAUCCCAACUUAGUCAACCUUAUUGGUUACUGUGCUGAUGGAGAUCAACGCCUCUUGGUCUAUGAGUUUAUGCCCUUAGGAUCAUUGGAAGAUCACCUCCACGAUCUUCCACCAGAUAAGGAGGCAUUAGAUUGGAACAUGAGAAUGAAGAUAGCUGCUGGUGCGGCUAAAGGUUUGGAGUUUCUACAUGAUAAAGCAAACCCUCCGGUUAUCUAUAGAGAUUUCAAGUCAUCAAACAUUCUACUGGCCGAAGGUUUCCACCCAAAGCUUUCUGAUUUUGGACUUGCUAAACUCGGACCAACAGGAGACAAGUCUCAUGUCUCCACUAGAGUCAUGGGAACCUAUGGAUACUGUGCUCCAGAGUACGCGAUGACCGGACAGCUGACAGUUAAAUCAGAUGUCUACAGUUUCGGUGUGGUGUUUCUGGAGCUCAUUACUGGUAGAAAAGCAAUAGACAGUGAGAUGCCUCAUGGAGAACAGAACCUAGUGGCUUGGGCUCGUCCAAUGUUCAACGACAGGAGAAGGUUUAUAAAACUGGCGGAUCCUAAGUUAAAGGGGAGGUUUCCAACACGAGCACUGUAUCAAGCAUUAUCUGUGGCUUCAAUGUGCAUCCAAGAGGAGGCGGCUACACGUCCUCCUAUAGCAGAUUUGGUAACUGCAAUCUCAUAUCUUGCAAACCAAGCUUAUGAUCCAAACAAGAAUGAUAGAGGGGGAAGGAACGAUGGAGGUGGCAAGUUUGAUCUAGCAGGUUCGGAGAAGGAAGAUUCACCGAGAGAGACGGCUAGGAUAUUGAACCGAGACAUUGAUAGGAAGCGUGCGGUUGCAGAUGCUAAAAUGUGGGGAGAGAGUUCGAGGGAGAAGCGAAGACAGAGUGAGAAACGAACUUCAGAGAGCAACAGUACCACCGGUUAGGGUUUUGAUACUUUUUUGGUCUUAUUUAUUUUGAAACAUAGAAAGAAAAAAACAUUGUGACAAAGAGUUGACGAUGUACAUUAUAUAUGUGAUGUUGCAACAUGGGCCAAAGUGGGACUCUAAUUUUUAAUAAAAAAGCUCUAAUUGAAGA